AUGGCGGCAGGACGGCGACCUUGCAAUUUCUCCCUGGCCCACCCCAGUAAGUCCCCUUCGAGAAUGUGGCAACUCUCAAGCCUCUUCCUGUUGGUGACCAUCUGGGGAACUUCCGCCACACCAGCUCCUCCUGACUCAGUGUUCUCCAGCAGAGAGCUCUCCCACCGGGUGCUGCGGAUCCGCAAGCGAGCCAACACUUUCCUGGAGGAGCUCCGGGCCGGCAGCCUGGAGCGGGAGUGCGUGGAGGAGAUCUGUGACUUGGAGGAGGCCCAGGAGAUUUUCCAAAAUGUGGAUGACACACUGGCCUUCUGGGCCAAGUACAUCGACGAGGACCAGUGCGCAGCCCCACCCCCUGAUCACCCGUGCGACAGCCCGUGUUGCGGGCACGGCAAUUGCAUCGACGGCAUCAGCGCCUUCCGCUGUGACUGCGACCCGGGCUGGGAGGGCCGCUUCUGCCUAUACGAGGUGAGCUUCUCCAACUGCUCGCUGGACAACGGCGGCUGCGCUCACUACUGCCUGGAGGAGGAGGGCGGGCGCCGCUGCAGCUGCGCGCCGGGCUACAAGCUGGGGGACGACCACCUGCAGUGCGAGCCCACGGUGAAGUUCCCCUGUGGGAGGCCAGGGAGGCGAAUGGAGAAGAAGCGCAAGACUGUGAAACGUGACACAAGCCAAGCUGACCAAAUAGAUCCAAGGCUCGUCAAUGGGAAGCUAUCCGGAUGGGGGGAGAGCCCCUGGCAGGUGAUCCUGCUGGACUCAAAGAAGAAGCUGGCCUGCGGGGCAGUGCUCAUCCACACAUCCUGGGUGCUGACAGCGGCCCACUGCAUGGAGGACUCUAAGAAGCUCAUGGUCAGGCUCGGGGAGUAUGACCUGCGGCGCAGGGAGAAGUGGGAGUUGGAUCUGGACAUCAAGGAGGUCCUCAUGCAUCCCAACUACAGCAGAAGCACCUCAGACAAUGACAUCGCACUGCUCCGCCUGGCCCAGCCCGCCAUCCUCUCACAGACCAUCGUGCCCAUCUGCCUCCCUGACAGUGGCCUUGCAGAGCGCGAGCUCACCCAGGCUGGCCAGGAGACGGUGGUGACUGGCUGGGGCCAUCGCAGCGAGGCCAAGAGAAACCGCACCUUCGUCCUCAACUUCAUCAAGGUCCCCGUGGUCCCUCAAAACGAGUGCAUCAAUGCCAUGCACAACAUGAUCUCUGAGAACAUGCUGUGCGCGGGCAUCCUUGGGGACUCACAGGAUGCCUGUGAGGGUGACAGUGGGGGGCCUAUGGUUGCAUCCUUCCGCGGCACCUCAUUCCUGGUGGGCUUGGUGAGCUGGGGCGAGGGCUGUGGGCGCCUCCACAAUUAUGGCGUUUACACUAAAGUCAGCCGCUACCUUGACUGGAUCCACAGCCACAUUAGAGCUGAGGAGGCCUCGCUUGAGGGCCAGGUGCCUUAG